GACUUCAGGGACGGUCUGAGAGUCCAGAUGGUGGUAGGAGUUCAGGAUAGGCCGGCGUUUGGUGAACCUCCCUCACGCAAAAAAGUAUUUCGGACCUUCGGACCGGCGCAUGAUUCCACUGUUUUGGGGAUGUCUUGUGGUCUUCCAAUGCGGAGCAACACAUUUCAAUCUUCGCCUGGCUCCACCGUCUGAAAUGGAUAAAAGACGAAGGCUCAAAGCGUUCAUAGGGCGUUUUUCGCGUCCGUGCGUCCUGCUAUUCGUCUCCUUAUACGUUGGCGCCAAUCUCGACUUAUCUGGACUGAAAGGAUUUUAUUUUUCGUAUUGACUCGGAGCACAAAUUGAAGUGCAUCGCAACCACAUCCGUCCUCGGAAACCACAGCGCUCUCAUUCGCUCUUUCAACCUUUCUCCGUCACCAUGCGUAUUGUGGAUGCUCGUGCCCUCGAAAUCGUCUCCGAUGCGGUCGAUGAAGUCAACAAAAUUAAGGGCUCGGCGGGUCGUGCUUGGGACGAAGCUUCUGAGUUCGACAGUCAGAAGGACAAGCAACAGUUCCGCCAAUACGAAGCUGCUUGUGACCGCGUCAAGAAUUUCUACAAAGAACAACAUGAGAAGCAAACCAUGGAGUUCAACUUGAAGAUUCGCGCUAACUUCAAGAAGACUGUCCGUGCUCGAAUGGGUAUCUGGGAAGCCGUCGAAAUGCUGGACACCCUUGUAGAUGACUCUGACCCUGAUACAAGUGUCUCACAAAUCGAGCAUUUACUCCAGACUGCCGAAGCCAUCCGUCGCGACGGCAAACCCGAGUGGAUGCAAGUCGCUGGUCUCGUACACGACCUUGGAAAGCUCUUAUACCUCUUCGGCUCCGAAGGCCAGUGGGACGUGGUUGGAGACACGUUCGUCGUAGGGUGCAAGUUCUCCGACAAAAUCAUCUACCCAGAGACGUUUGAAGGCAACCCUGACAUUCGUGACCCCGUGUACUCUACCGAGUACGGUGUUUACCAGGCUCACUGUGGCUUAGACAACGUCAUGCUCUCUUGGGGACAUGACGAGUAUUUGUACCACGUCCUCAAGAACCAAAGCACCCUUCCCGAGGAUGCUUUGCACAUGAUCCGUUACCACAGUUUCUACCCCUGGCACCGAGAAGGCGCGUAUCAACACUUGACGAACGCCAAUGAUCAGCGUGCUCUUCAGGCUGUCCGAGCGUUCAAUCCGUACGAUUUAUACAGCAAGAGCGAUGACCCUGUCGAUCCCGAGGUGCUCAAGCCCUACUACCACGGGCUGAUCGAGAAGUUCUUCCCUGCCAUCAUCGAGUGGUGAAGAUGGUUGAUGCCUUAUGUUGUUCUCGUAGAUUACAUCUUUGUUCCGCUCUGUGAAUUGCUCUCUUCUUGUUAUGGGUCUGGAUAUCUCUUCUCUUCUUUUUCAUACCCAUCGUGACUUUUGUUCUGUUCUUGACCUUGUGCCCGUACAUACCAUAGACUUUUUCACUGGAUGUUUCUUUGACUCUGUAAUGCCCUAGAUAAACCCGUUAAACGACGAUUCGGAUGGCCCGUAGUUUAGCAAAAAUAUACCGCUUGACCAAAGC